UCGGCUCCUCUCGCGCGAGACUCUCUUCCUUAAUUCAGUCGAAUAGGCGCCGCACCUCGAUCCGGCUCGUCGCCCGCGCUCUCUGGCAGACUCGGAGGCGCGCGACAUGUCACGCGGCCUACUGCGCACAGCGACUUCGGCCACACGGGAGUGUCUCGUCGCGCACCAGGAGUACCGAUAGUCACCAGGAAGAAGUCGCACCGAGGGAAGUCCGAGAAGAGCCCGUAACUCUGCCACCGUGUAACCUUACCACCCUCGACGUCGACCCCCGCUCGACGCCCAACGCCCGUCCUCGUCGUCUUCUCGAGCUCGGGAACGACGGAUCUAGCCGAGAGCCUCCGACAGCAGGGAACGAUGAGGCCCACGCCGGUCCUCCCGAUAUUAAGCGCUGCCCUGGUCCUCCUGCUCUCGGCCGGUUGGAGCCACGGCUGCAACGAGGCCAUCUGUGCGAGCGUCGUCAGCAAGUGCAUGCUGACCCAGAGUUGCAAGUGCGAUCUCGUCACCUGCACCUGCUGCAAGGAGUGCUUUUCCUGCCUGUCCUACCUAUACGACGAGUGCUGCUCCUGCGUGGAUCUCUGCCCCAAGCCGAACAUCACGGAUAACCCGCUCAGCAAAAAGUCUCACGUUGAGGACUUCAACGAGCCCGUGCCCGGGCUAUUCCAGGCCCUCACCGCUGAGCCCGACGCCCACGAGCGAUGGCUCACCUUCACCUAUCCGGUCGACUUCGACAUCACCCUCUUCGCGCCCAACCAGGAGAAGGAGAUCAAGUACCACAUGCUUUCAGAGUCGCUCGAGGGCGAGAAGAACUACUCGCUCAAGCCAAACGUGAUGACGGUGAACUGCACGGUCGCCUAUAUGGCCCAGUGCAACUCAUGGAACAAGUGCCGACAGGCCUGCCAGAGCAUGGGGGCAACGAGCUACCGCUGGUUCCACGACGGCUGCUGCGAGUGCGUCGGUGACACCUGCAUCAACUACGGCAUCAACGAGUCGAGGUGCCUGCACUGCCCGCUCGACAAGGAGGAGGACAUCAAGGACCAGUACGAUGAUUACGGCCAGGAAGAGGACGAGCUCACGGAGGACGAGAUCGACUGAGCACCAACAGCUCCUCGUCCCUGUGUCUCUCACGGCGCCACCUCCCGUCACUCCUUCGCCCAAUCUUCCUCCCUCGCUUAUCGAUCCGUCCUUUUACCUUUACCUUUCGACCUUACCGUCUCCACUGCUAUUAAUAACGGCAAUGGCACCUUCUCGUGGAGUCUGUAAACUUUUUUAAACGGCAGAAAGCUAUUUCUAGUCACGUUUUAUCGUUCAAGAAGCCACGGACGUUGCGAAUCACAGCCCCUUAACCCGCGUGAUCGAUCGUUCUAUUGU